AUGCGAACUUUCUAUCUUGGUUCAUAUCAGAAUCAACUACCACAACAACUUCAACUACUGCAACGACUUCUACCUCAACGACUUCCACCACAACGACUUCUACCACAACAACUUCAACUACUUCAACGACUACCACCACAACAACUACAACUACAACAACGACUUCGACCACAACAACAACUACCACUUCGACCACAACAACAACUACCACUACCACCACAACAACAACUACCACUACCACCACAACAACAACUACCACUACCACCACAACAACAACAACGACUUCCACCACUUCAACUACUACUACUACAACAAC